AUGGCACAGGAAUCGCCAAAUGAGAUUGUCCCCAGUAAUGGGACUCUGAACUCAACUGCCGAAGCUGGUGGCAGUUUCGAAGAGUCACCCGCAAAAAGGAUAAAACUUGAUCAACCGGCAACAACCCAAGAUGUGCUGGCAGCAAACGAUGGAGCUCAGCGCAACAGAGGCAUGGCGCCAAUAAAGGCAGAGUACCUGAUGUCUCGGGGUGGGCAAGAUGUAGCAACAACUUUUGACGCCCGUGAUGAUGAUGAGGCGGAGGCGGCCCCUCUUAGGGAGCGUGCGGAUGAGAGAGGUGCAAAGCAGAGAAAAAAGCAAAAGGGCCAAAACACGGGUCGCCGGUUCGGACAGUCGCGAGACGAAAAAGGGUUGUGUCAGAGCGUGUCGCACAGUCCUGAAUUCUCGCCGAAGGCAUGUCAGUUUGGCGAAGGUUGCCGGUUCGAGCAUGAUUUGCGCAAGUAUUUGAAGGAAUAUAAACGAGAGGAUUUGACGACUUUUGAUGGCGUCUGCCCCGUCUGGAAUGCGCAUGGUGUGUGCUUCUCGGGGUGGAAAUGUCGAUUUGUGGGAUCACAUAUGAUGGAGAGGGAGACAGGCGAUGGGAAGAAGGAGUUAGUACUCGUCGAAGACGAGGAGCGGAAGAAGAGCGCGAAACCGUUGGUAGAGGGCGGAGUGGAAGCCGGAGUGUUCAAUUCGAUAACGACGGAGCAUAAGACGCAACUCAUGAAGAAGAAGUUUAAGAUUUCUAAAUCUGACGCGUAUGUACCCUGGCUUGAUGAGACGUCAAGGCAGUUGGAAAUGCGCAUGCAUGGCAGGAAAUUUGAAGGGCAAGGAGACGAGGGUAAUGCUGAAACUAAUGGCGGAGCGGAGAACGUCGCAGAGGACAACAGAGCGCAGUACAAGGAACCGCCAUUUCUCCCCUCGGAAAAGCGACGAUUGUAUUUCGGCCCGGAGACUCCGGUUUUGGCUCCUCUUACUACGCAGGGAAACAUGCCUUUCCGAAGGCUCUGCGCCGAAUUGGGCGCGCAGUUCACAUAUUCAGAAAUGGCCAUGAGUCUCCCACUGAUUCAAGGGCACAAAAGCGAAUGGGCUCUCGUGAAGGCUCAUGAGUCGGAAGUACUCCCCCCAACGAUCAAUCCAAAUCAAGCCGUGGUCAAAGACUACGAUCGUACUCGAGAUCUCAAGUUCGGCGUUCAGAUAUCAGCUAAUAAACCAUGGCAAGCUUUGAAAGCCACCGAGGUCAUCACUACUCUUUGUCCCCACAUUCGUGUCGUGGAUCUCAACUGUGGUUGUCCAAUUGACCUUGUUUACCGAGAUGGUGCUGGCUCGGCUCUUCUCGAGCACCCUUCCAAAUUAGAAAAGAUCCUACGAGGGAUGAACGCAGUCUCAGGAGAAGUCCCAGUGUCCGCGAAGAUUCGUAUGGGUACAAAGGACAAAAGUCCAACUGCGCUGAAACUGGCGGAGCGUCUCAUACUCGGAGGCCCUGAAUUCCGCAAGAUUGGACAGGGACCGCCCGGAGUAGCUGCGCUCACGCUACAUGGCCGAAGCCGACAGCAGCGGUAUACGCGACAAGCCGAUUGGGGUUAUAUUUCUGAAUGCGCAGCUCUCAUUAAGCGACUAAAUGAACGGACUGACGAGGUCACGGACACCGUCCAAGAACCCGAUGAGCGUCACCAAGCUCCUGGACGCAAGGUGUUCUUCCUCGGAAAUGGCGACUGUUACUCCCACGAAGAUUAUUAUAGAGAUAUUCGCGAGUCCGGCGUGGACACAGUAAUGAUUGCUCGUGGAGCGCUGAUGAAACCAUGGAUCUUUGAAGAAAUUCAGGCGGGACAGUACCUUGACAAGUCCGCCUCGGAGCGUUUAGCUCUCGUUGAGAAGUUUGCAAGAUAUGGCCUUGAUGCUUGGGGAUCUGACGAGCAUGGUGUGGGCACGACGAGACGGUUCCUCUUGGAAUAUCUGAGUUUCACUCACCGGUACAUUCCGAUUGGGCUGUUGGAGCAUCUCCCGCCAAACAUUCAGGAUAGGCCGCCAGCGUAUCAAGGGAGAAAUGAACUGGAGACUCUGCUCGCUAGUGACAACUACAAAGACUGGAUUAAAAUCAGCGAAAUGUUCCUUGGUCCUGCACAUAAAGACUUUAAAUUUGAACCAAAACACAAAUCCAACAGCUAUGAGAUUGAAGGAUAA